UGCGUCACUUCCUGGGUCUUACCCAGCGAGCAGUCUAAGCGAGGCGCUAAAAUCCUAAAGCUUGUAGUGUGUGAAGUUAGCUAGCUAAUGCAAUUCGGAACAUUUAAUCCGUUCACACCUUAUCCGGAUUUAUUGGGAAUUUAGGUUAUUUUUCCUAAAUGGAGGAACUAGACGUGGAGCCGACAAUCACGCGGAUCCCAGGUGCCGGCCUUAAUCAGAAGCACCUAGGCUUUGAGUGGGGUCCAGGAGACCUGCUGGUGUAUGAGACCAACCUUAAAUUACAAGGUCCUGGCUCUGGAUGUCCCUUCAUCCAUGUGGUGCGCAGAGACGAGGACAUCUACUCGCCCAUCCUGCGCAAGCUCUUCAACGAGUCCCAUCACAUCUUCGUUGGGCUGCAGAACAUUAAAGACGACGUUCCGAGCAAGAACAAGAAGCCGCAGUUUGUGAGCAUCAGUAAGAACUACAGGUCUGUAAUACGAGCCUGUAUGGAGGAACUGCAGCAGGUCGCAGUAUCCAGUAAAGUCCCACAAUACAGUAACCAGGUGUCCAUUCUCUUAGCGAUUGAGCUCAUCUGGAAUCUGUGUGAGGUUCUUUUCAUCGACGCAGCACCAGCCGGCUCUCUGCUGCUGCACCUGCUGGACUGGGUGCGUUUACACAAAGCUGACGUGGAUGAGAAAGCCAGGAAUGUCCUUCAGAGUGAAAGCCCCACACGCCAUCACGCUUACUGGGAUGUGGUGAUGAGUUUUGUCCUGCAGGGUCGUAUGGACGAGGCUCGACAGGUUCUGCAGAAACGGGCAUCUCUACAAGCGGAGUCCAGAGCCACGUAUCAGCUGAUGGACAACCUGCUACACAAAAUGCCUGUGUUUAAUCCCAGUGGCACUCAGACCCUCACAGAGUUUGAUGUGAAGUGGAGGCACUGGCACGAGGAGUGUGACCGCUGUCUUCAAGACAACUCCUUUGCUAGCAACAAUCACCUGGAGACCAUCUGCAAGGUUCUGGUGGGUGACGAGGACUCUCUGCUGGAGCAGAAAGAGUUGCUGGGAACCUGGUACCAUUUACUGAUCAGCCGUCUGCUGUUCUCUCAUCCUACUGUUAAACCCGCUGAGCUGCACUACUAUGCUCAGUCGAGUAUGGACAUGUUCCUGGAUUCCCACAGCGCUCCAGAGCCUCUGGACAGCAUCUUACUUGCUGCGUUUGAGUUCGACCUUCACCAAGUUAUUAAAGACUGCAGCAUUGCCCUAAACAAUUGGUGGUUUGUGGCUCACCUGACUGACCUGCUGGAUCACUGCAAACUCCUGCAAUCUCACAACCUCCAUUUCGGCUCUAACCUGCGGGAGUUCCUGGUGCUGGAGUACGCCUCUGGACUCUUCUCUCAUCACAGUCUGUGGCAGCUGGCGGUGGAUUAUUUCGAUCACUGCCCUGAGUUCGGCCGUGUGUAUCUGGAGCUGCAGAUUGAGAGAGUGCCACUGGAGACGGAGCGCAAAGCGCUGAAGGUGCUCAGGAUUUGUGAAAAGAGACAGAUGAAUGAACAAGUGCGCAGUAUCUGUAAGAUCAUGGCCAAAAGGGCUCUCAGUAAUAACAGACUGGGUUCUGCUCUGUCCUGGAGUAUAAGAGCCAAAGACGCCGCCUUCGCCACGCUCAUCUCUGAGAGGUUUCUGCAGGAUUACUGCACACGCGGCUCCUUCUCUGAUCUGGAUCUGAUCAAUAAUCUCGGACCGGCCAUGCUCCUGAGUGACAGACUCACGUUCCUCGGGAAGUAUUGUGAGUUCCACCGGCUGUACGGAGAGAACAAGUUUACUGAGGCGGCGAAGCUUCUGCUCUCACUCAUGACAGCAAAGAUCGCUCCUCGCAGCUUCUGGAUGACUCUGCUCAUAGACGCCCUGCCCUUACUGGAGCAAAAAGAGGUGAUCUUUUCAGUGGAUCAGACCCAUGAACUCAUGUUCUGUCUAGAAGAGCUGACCUCUGACAACGAGCUCAAACCAGAGGGUCUAGCACAGGAUGAUGAUGUUGAAUGCACAAAACUGGAGUUGCUGCGAUUAGCUCUGGCACGUAACCUGGCGAUGGCCAUCGUGAAGGAGGGAACAGUCGAGGCCUAAACACGCGCGCGCACACACACACACACACACACACACACUCUCACUCUCUCUCUCUCUCUCUCUCUCUCUCUCUCUCUCUCUCUCUCUCUCUCUGCAGUUACAUUAAUUCACACAAAGCCCUCAAGUUCUCUUACUUUAAUGUAUAUAAAACUGAAUGAAUAGAAUGUUUUGGCAUUUGAUUAAAAAAAAAAACGUUUUGGUGGGGUUUUGCAAAAAAUGUUGUUUCUCCAGAACUGUGUGUGUGUGUGUGACAAAACCAGUACACUUUAAAUAAUGCCCAAGUAAGCCCUUAUAUAUUUUGACACAUUUAUUUUUUAAUAACUGUAAGAAAUUUUUUGCAUGUUCAAUACGUAAAUACACAACUAACUUUAUACAACAAUAAUUAUUCCAUUUAAUCUAUAUAUUUAUUUCUUCAGAAAGUGGUCCAAGGAAGGACAACUGGUGAACUAGCAACAGUGUCACUAGUGCUCAAAGGUCCUUGUAUGUGUGGAGUGAAGGCUAGACAUCUGGUUUGAUCCCACAGAAAAUCUUCUGCAGCACAAACUGCUCAAAAGGUGAAUGGUGGCUCUGAUAGAAAGAAGUCAGAUCACACAGAGCAUCACAGCUUGCUGCAUAUGGAGCUGAGUAGCUGCAGAGUGCUAGUGUAAGUACUUCAGGUGCCAGAAUAGAGUCCAGAAACCUGAUAGAUGGUGGGAUCAGUCAGGCAGUGUUAAGGGAUGGGAGGCAGUGCUUUAUUUCCUUAUUCUGUGUAAACUCUAGAGACAGUUGUGUGUGAAAAUCCCUGAGUAUUCCCAAGGUCUAAAAUACUCAAACCAGCCAAUCUAACACCAACAACCAGGCCACGGUUAAACUUAAACUAGAUCUUCUUAGAAUGCUUAGAAUGUCACAUAAAUAAAACAAAGAUGAAAAUUGAAGCAAGCUGCAGAGGAUAUGCACGAUUGUAGACUCAGCAGAACAGCUUAUGACAUCUUCCAAUGAAAUCACAAUUAGGUUUUUGGCAACAAUGACAAACUUGCAGGCUUCACUGGUCAGGUAGUGCGGACUAGUUGUGGUUGCUGGUCCCUUGUGCCUUUAUUAAUGCUAACAGGUACAGUUUUGUUCAGUUGUCCAGUGUUUUGGGGUGGGGAGAGAUUUGGCAACCCUGUUCAUAGCCACAGACUUGUUGCAAAAACACUCAGUUGUAGUUCUCAACAUAAAGAACUGCAUUUAAACUAUGCAACUUGUACACUGAGCUCUCAAACAUGGACACUGUAUACAUUUCUUAAACAAGCAUUGAAAGACAUAUCCAGUGGUCGUGGAAAACCACCUUUCUGUUUUUCAGAAGGGUCAAAUUAUUACCACAUCAAGCAAUGAAACUCUAUUAAAACCUGAAAGGAUAAGGGUGAACCAUCAUUUUCGAUUUUGAAAUGUGGUCAGAAAAAAAUCUUUGUGAUUGGAUUACUUAAACAUUUGGUGAAAUCAAAUCAUAGCACAAACAUUUGAACACACUGGUGUGUUUAAUAGUGAAAGUAAUAGCACUUCCACAUGCACAAUGUAAAAACAACUCAAAGGAUUGUGACUAAACAGCUGUGUAGCCUUAAGAAUUUCUCUUAUCACUGAGGCUGAGGGUCAUGUGGUCUGAUGAGUCCAGGUUUAUCCCGUUACAGAGGGAAGGGUGCAUCAGGGUAAAAAGAGAGGUGGAUGAAGUGAUGCACCCAUCAUGCCUUGUGCCUACUGUACAAGAAUGUGGGGGCAGUGUGAUGAUCUGGAGCUGCUUCAGUUGCUCAGGUUCAGCAACACUAUGUGCCCAAAAAUGAGGUCAGCUGAUAACCUGAAUAUACUGAAUUAUUGUCUUAUUGUCUGCUGAGGCAUUUAAUUUAAUAGUGAAUAGUGAGUGCAUUCCACUCUUCUUGAAGGGUGGCCCUCAGGUCAUUGAGGUUCUGGGGUGCAGUGUUACGAGCCUCUACACGGCGUCUCAGCUGAUCCCAUAGGUUUUCUAUGGGAUUCAGGUCUGGAGAAAAUGCAGGCCACUCCAUUUGAGGUACCUCAGCCUCCAGCAGCCGUUCCCUAAUGAUGCAACCUCGAUGAGCUGGAGCAUUGUCAUCCAUGAAGAUGAAAUUAGGUCUGUGUUGUUCAUGCAGGGGCACAAUGACUGGAUUAAUGAUGUUAUUCAGGUAGUAUUGGCUUGUCACUGUACCAUUCACAAGAUCUACGGCAGUUCUGUAUUGAGUAGACACACCUGCCCAGACUGUAACACCACCACAACAGUGGCUGAUGCAUAGCGCUCUCCUUGACGUCUCCAACAUCGUUGCGGCCAUUAUUUCUGCUCAACGUAAAUCGACUUUCAUCAGAGUGAUUUAUAGUCAAUUCUAAACUUAACAGGUAGCCAGUGGAGGGAUGAUAAUAUUGGGGUUAUACGAUCAUAUUUUCUUGAUCUGGUAAGAACUCUGGCGGCUGCAUUCUGGACUAACUGUAGCUUGUUUAUUGAAGAUGCAGGACAACCACCAAGUAAUGCAUUACAAUAGUCCAGUCUGGAGGUCAUGAAUGCAUGAACUAGCUUUUCUGCAUCAGAUACAGAUAAACUGUUCCUAAGCUUGGCAAUAUUUCUAAGAUGGAAGAAGGCUGUUUUUGUAAUAUUGGAAAUAUGAUUUUCAAAAGUACAAGUUGCUGUCUAAUAUUAUGCCCAGGUCUUUCACUGUUGAGCUAGUAGUAACAGUACAUCCUUCUAAAUGCAAGCCGGAUUGUGAGAGCUUUUGUGUACUGGUUUUUGGACCAAUAAUAAUAUCUCUGUCUUAUCAGAAUUUAGUAAUAGAAAAUUAUCGGUCAUCCAAUCUCUAAUAUCUUUAACACACUCAGUUAGUCUAGACAAUUUAGAUAUUUCAUCUGGUUUUGAUGAUAUAUAUAACUGGGUGUCAUCGGUAUAACAAUGGAAACCAAUCCCAUGCCUUCUAAUGAUGUUACCCAAUGGAAUCAUGUAUACCGAGAAAAGCAGAGGUCCUCAAACUGAUCCUUGUGGGACCGCGUAUUUCACUGGCACUACACUGGACAGUUCUCCAUUUAAAUCUACAAAGUGGUAUAGAUCAAACAGGAUCUAAACCAUUUUAAUGCCUGUCCCUGCAUACCUGUGUGAUUUUGUAAGCGAUCUACGAGAAUGUUACGAUCUAUAGUGUUGAAUGCAGCACUAAGAUCAAGCAGGACUAAAAUUGAGAUGCAGCCUUGGUCCAAAGCUAAAAACAGGUCAUUUGUGAUUUUAACUAGUGCAGUUUCUGUACUAUGAUGGGGCCUGAAAACUGACUGAAAUUCUUCAAGGAUAUUGUUUUACUGUAAGAAGGAGCAUAAUUGAGCUGACACCACCUUUUUUAAAUAUUUUUGAUAUAAACGGAAGGUUUGAAAUAGGUCUGUAGAGUUCAGUGAGUUUUAGGUCGCACAGUAAUGGUCCUUAUACCAUUGCAAAAACCAUGUUUUUGUAACGUGUAGUAGCCGAUUACAUGCUUCAGUUUUGUUGCUUACAAAGUGUUUACAUUUUUUUUCCUGUGAACAGCAUUUAGCCUCUUGGUGUUGAAAUUGUGUUUAGGAAAUGGUCUUUGUAGUUGUAUAGCCAAGUUUCUUCCCAUUCUUUUGGUUUGCUACAUGUGUAGAUACAGUGUGAAGGGUUUGAUGUCAGAGCUGAACUCAGAGCAGCGUAGUCUUCAUCUGAGACAUCACAAUCAAUGCAACCUGCAAAGACACACAACACACUCUUCAUCAACAGAUCUUUAUCUUGUUUUAAUACUUACAAAAAUAUGAAAUAUUUAUAUCUUAUCUGUAAAAUGUUUUUUAUUCAGAAUAUCAGGAGUAUUUAAUUACACCUGUGUCACUGUGAACGCAGGGCCAGACCACCAGAGGGAGACCUCGCCUGAAUAUUGACUGUUCUUACUUCGUUUCUGGUUUUUAGGGCUUUUAAGCAGUGUGCUCCCUCUGCUCAUUACAAAGUGUAGUCUCCUAGUGUUACAUGCCAAGCCUUGCGAUUUACCUGCUCUGACUUUUUAUGUGUAUGAUCUUUGCCUGUUUGCCUGUUUUUACGAGUUUCUGUUUCGGGUUUGUUGGUCAGUGUUUUGCUUUUCCGGUUUUGACCCAUUGCCUGCUUUUCUCGUUCACGAUUCUGCGCCGCAUAUGACUCCAGCUUUGCUUCUACUGUGGGAAAUCUGGCCACAGAGUGUACCAAUGCCCAGGGAUACACCACUUCCAAGUGCUAACUGACUCUGGUUCUGCCAUAAAUCUCAUCCACAAUAACCUGGUUCAGCAACUCCAUAUUCCUGUUUUCCCCUGUACACCACCAUUCAAAGUGAUCCACCACCAAACCACACCCGUAGCUCUAUAGAUUGGAUUAUUCCAUCAUGAAACGAUCACGUUCUUCAUUAUCACUUCUCCAUCCAAUCCUGUCCACUUAUCUCCUGGAGGGAAGGAGAGGUCCAGAAAUGGUCGCUGUAUUGCACUGAGAACUGUUUUCUAUCUCACCCCCCCAUGUCCAUGCUGGUCCACCUCCAUAGAGAGCCCUACUACUAUUGUCACAACCACACUCCCUAAGGAAUACCUUGAUAUUCAGGAGGCGUUUAGUAAAGAGAGCCACCAAACUACCAACCAUCCGUUUUUUAUUCUCACGGUACACCGCAACUUUGCAUACCUCAGAGAGGCCAGGCUCUAAGAAUGGGAAAGCUGACACCCUCUCCAGGGUCCUUGAAACACAGAACAACCCGCUUGCCUCAAGCCUAUCCUCUCGCCAUCGGUUCUCAUAGCUCCUAUCCAGUGGAACAUUCUACGAGAGAUAGCACAGGCCCAAAGCUCAGAGGCACCUCUGCCCAACUGCCCACCCACCAAAGUUUUUGUUCCAACUUUACUACGUGCCAGAGUUAUAUGAUGGACUCACGAAAGCCCAAGCACUGGUCGUCCCGGUAUCCAGAGAAUGACCCAAUUGCUAUGGCAAAGAUUCUGUUGGCCAUCCCUUCACCUGGACGUCGAAGAGUUUGUUUGAUCUUGUAACGUGUGUGCCCAGUCACAAACCAGCCGCCAAUUACCUGAGGGCCUCCUAGAACCGUUACCCAUUCCCCAGUGUCUGUGGUCUCAUAUCUCGAUAGACUUUUUAACCAACCUUCCAGAGUCCCAGGGCUACACCACCGUAAUGGUCGUCAUAGACCAGUUUUCUAAGGGCUGUAAACUGGUUCCCAUGAAAGGACUCCCCUCUUCUAUGGAGACUGCUCAGGCUGUGUUCCAAUACGUCGGCCUACCUGAAGACAGCGUAUCCGACUGAGGAACACAGUUCACAUCCCGUGUCUGGCUGGAGUUCUGCCAUCAGCUUUGUAUCAACAUCAGCCUGAGUUCAGGUUAACACCCACAGUCCAACGGCCAAGUGGAACACCUCAACCAGGAACUGGGGAGAUUCAUCCAACCGACUGCAGCCGUGAACAACAAAGGUGAAGGGAAUUCCUGCCCUGGGCAGAAUAUGCCCAGAACUCUCUGUCAUUCCUCUACUGGGCUCACUUCUUUCCAAUGCAUGCUUGGCUCCCAAACACCACUGUUCCCAUGGUCUGGAGAACCCUCAAAUGUCCCUAGAGUAGAGGACUGGUAUAGAAGAAGUCAAGAGGUCUGGGAAAGGGCUCAUGUGAGACUCCAGCGUGCUGUGAGGAGACAGGCAAUCCAAGCUAACCGCUGGCGAUGCCCUCACCCUGCCUAUCAAGUGGGCCAAAGAGUAUGGCUGUCAACCAAAAACCUGAAAUUAAAACUGCCAUGUAAGAAACUCAGUCCCAGAUUCAUCGGCCUGUUCGAAAUCAUCAGAUCAAUCCAGUCUCUUACCGUCUCGAGUUACCUCCAGCUUACCGUAUUUCCCUACCUUCCAUGCUUCCCUACUUAAACCCUAUCACGAAACCACUAGCUCAGGGGUGUCCAAUCUUAUCCAGAAAAGGCCGGUGGGUGCAGGUUUUCAUUCCAACCAAGCAGAAGCUACACCUGAUUCCAACUGGCUAAUUAGUAGAUCUUGGCUUUCACUAGACUUAGGUGUGGCUUCUGCUCAGUUGGAAUGAAAACCUUCACCCACACCGGCCCUUUGCAGAUAAGAUUGGACACCCCUGCACUAGCUCCACUCCCCUGGGCAUAGACGGCACCCUAGCCUAACAGGUUCAUACCAUCUUUAACUCACCCGCCCCUCACCCUAGGGGGCGCCCUCGUUGUAGAACACCUGGAGGUGUUCCUAGAGGGGGGUUCUGUCACUGAGUACACAGGGCCAGACCACCAGAGGGAGCCCUCACUUGAAUAUUGACUGUUCUUACUUUGUUUCCAGUUUCUAGGGCUUUUAAGCAGCGUGCUCUCUCUGCUCAUUGCGAAGUGUUGUCUUCUAGUCUAUUUACCUGCUCUGACAUCCUGUGUGUAUGACUUGUCACUCAGUGUUUUACUUUUCCGUUUUUGACCCAUUGCCUGUUUUUCUCGUUCACGAUUCUGCCUGCUGUUCCAAUAAAUCUAACUCUUACUCUCA